CAUUCUGGGCGUUGAUGUUGUAAAAGACUGUAAAGUAUAGUUUGUUCUAAAUUUUACAGGGAGCAUUCUGGGCGUUGAUGUUGUAAAAGACUGUAAAGUAUAGUAUGUUCUAAUUUUACAGGGAGCAUUCUGGGCGUUGAUGUUGGCUUUUCUGAGUAUAGUAUGUUCUAAUUUUACAGGGAGCAUUCUGGGCGUUGAUGUUGGCUUUUCUGACUGGUGUUAUUCGGAUGAUCUUGGCAUUUGUCUACUACAGUAGUGGAGGCUGUGGUAAAGAUGACAAUCGCCCUGCCAUCUUGAAAAACUUUCAUUACAUGUAUUUCUCGUUAUUUAUCACACUGUUGACUGGUGUUACGGCUAUUGUCAUCAGUUAUUUUACCGGAAGACCUCAUGAAAAAUACUUGACACGUACGACAUUUUGGACGAGGAAAUCGGCUCCGUAUAUAGAAGAGACAGAACCUGACAAACUAGAUAAAGAUAAGGAGAAUGGUUUCACAAAUCUUGCAGCAACAGGUGAUAAUAACAUGCACGUGUUCUCCGUGGAGGAAAAACAUCACUACAGGGACCCGAAACUUGAUGAACCAGAAGAAGAUAAAGAGAUGCAUUGCGCGGAAAAAGCGUUGAAUUACGUUUGUGGAAUCACGAACGAGGUCGACGAAGAAAAGGAAAGACAACUGCGGUUACACAUGGAGAAAGUUGCGUGCCUUGAACAAAACAAAUACGCCAAAAUAGGCCUAAAUAUUGGUUUAGUGAUAAUUUUAUCCCUCGGUGUUUUCUUGUAUAUAUUUUGGUCCUUUUGGAAAUAUGAACCCUGAGCUCGGUGGUGUGUGUGUUAAAGUUGUAUUUGACACAAAUUAUCAUCAGUGUGUUAGUGUAUUUGACAAAAAUAUAAAAACUCGUUUAAUUAGAACUAGCUUAGUGGAGUUAUAGAGAACUAUUUAUAUUCUAUAUUUGAAAGUAUGUAACAUUGUAGAAUUGUUAUUUAUCUCUUUAAAAAAACUCGCAACAAAAAAUCACGAUUAACUAGCACAAUAUGUUUAAAUAUGUAUUAAUAUUGAUAUUAGAUGAUUGAUAUAAAAUUAUCGCAAAAUACAAGUGUGACAAUAAGACCUAAUUAAAACUGCAAUAUCAGUUUUUUGACAUUUUUGGAGUCCCCAUAUAUAAAUGAUUGUUUUUUUUUUGUUGUUUUUUUCUCAAAAAUCAAAUUUUGUGUCGCUCACGUAAAGUGGUUAUGGUCUUCAUCCAUUGGUGGAAAGUUGCAAAAUUCGUCUUAAUAUGAUAAAACAAAAGACAAAUUCAGUCAUUUCCUAACGUUUGACAGAACUAAUUUUCAACAUUAGAUAUUGCAGAGGCGGGCUGCAUCAUUAGCUUUCAUGUUAUUAACCUCUCAGGCCAUGUUGCUUCAUAGGAAUGUUAUUUUUUACAUACAUAUCAAAUGUACAUAUAUAUUAUGUAGUUCUAUUAAAGAUAAGCUCGAUAAUUACGUUUGAUGUUUUUUUUAUUGUUAUAUUCUUUCCAAAAUCAUGCAUGAAUUUAUAGCCCAAUUUAGAAUGUAAAAUCAUGUAAAAUGAA